AUGAGAGUAACGCACUACACUGGACCGAGAACACACAAGGAGUCAGCGCGAAAAAGCACAAAAAAGGGGCAAGCCCCACUGAAAACACCAAAGGACCUCUUUGAGAGAUACGACCUUGAUGACAUCAAAAACUGGAAGUCGCUUGACCUGUACUACUUGCUGGGAAUAGACCCGGAAGAGGCACAGUCGUACACAGAGACAAAAUACAAAGAGGCCUUCAGAAAACAGGCGAAGAUGUUCCACCCAGACAGGCUUUUGUCCUGCAAGAUAGAAGAUGGGGGCCUCUCUUUCAUUGCGCUGACCAAGGCGCACGAGGUGCUCAGCAACCCGCACAAGAGAAGGCUUUACGACUUUGUUGCAUUUGACGAGGCCAUCCCAGAAGACAGGGACUACACAAACGAAGAGUUUUUCUGCACGUUCACCGAAAUAUUCGAAAGAAACAGCAGGCUCAGCAGCAAGCCGUGCACCGUGGUGCUUGGCGAUCUGAACACAAAGGACUCGGACAUUGUUGCGUUCUACAAGUUCUGGAAGAAUUUUGAGUCUAUCCGCACUUUUGAGUUUCUCUGCAACGACGAGGACUACCAGAGCAGAGAAAUGAGGAGGCACGCUGCCGCGCAGAACAAAAAAAUGCUCGACGAGAAGAAGAUGGAGGACAGCCAGAGAAUACGCAAGCUAGUGUCGCUGGCCAUCAAGCACGACCCCCGCGUCAACAAAGAAAGCAAGGGAAAGCCCAAGGAGGAGGUGACCAUAGAUGAAGACGGGUGGAAGAGCACAGAGGUGGAUGCAUUGACAAAAAUAGCGAUAAAAACACCAGCAAGGACAAGGUGCAGGCUGGAUGUGAUCUUCUCAGCCCUUUCCAGGCACGCGCCUACUAAGAGCAAGAAGGACGUGCAGACCAAGCUCCUAAAGGUAGACGCGGCCAUACAGAAGGGCGCAAAAAAGUAA